GACAGAGAGAGCCACAACAGGAAAAAAGUGGCAGAGACAAAGGACCGAGCAGCCUUCAGGGGGAGAGGACACAGCAGAGUCUGGUUUUAGACCGGUUUCUGAGCGUCCAGUUGGGACUCCACCGCUGGGAGACGAGCUGGUAUCUUUCUCUGCUUAACAUCAAACUCCUCGUUACGUCUGUUCCAGUGGAAGUGAGGCUUCAUGGUCAGCACUGUGGUGAUGGAAAGAACUGCAAACCUAUAGACUGUGGUGGAAAGAGCUGUCCGCGCACACAAAUACGGAGGAUGGAGGAAGUGGAAACGCACAGAGUAAUGGCUGUAUGAUUGACGGCACAGCUGUGGCAUUGUUGGAGGAGUAAUAUUUCAUUUGGGAGCGUCUUGAGUAUCUUUGUUUGCGAUUUUUGCUGGUGAUUCCAUCUCCAAGUUUCUCUUUCUGCGCCCUCCCCUGUCUUGCCGACUUCAUAUCUGUCCUUUAGAGAGAGCAGGUGCUGCUGUGUUAAAAAGCCACAGGUCUCUGUACCUUGCAACCCCCACCUCUUGCUACACCGUACACAGCAACACACAAGCUCCUCUCUUCCAAACUGGCUGAGAGGUUGCCAUGGCAAUGGUUGUCAUGAUGCCAAUGUAGCAUCCUGCAAGUAGUAGUGGUGGAGCUGGAGGUGGUGGUGGCUCCGUCGGCGGUGGUGGUGAACGUCCAGGGAUGGGAAGCGCUCCGUAUCCAGCCGGUGAGUGGAAGGGGAAGGGACGAGGCGGCCUGCAGGAGCUGAGCUGCAUGCCCUGGAAGGUCAGCAAGCAGAAAGGUGGAGGAGGGGAGGUAGAGGGAGCCGAGGAGAGGAGGUGCAGGGACCCCAGGGACGCUCAGCAGCAGGAUCUCUCGUCCUCCUCUUCCUCCCACCCCCCAGCUCCUCCCCAGCCAUCUCUGACACCUCCGGCCAUUUAUCAUGAGAAGCAGAGGAGGGAGCUGUGUGCUCUGCACGCGCUCAACAACGUCUUCCAGGAUGGGACAGCCUUCAGUCGGGACACCCUGCAGGAGAUAUACCAGAGGCUUUCCCCCAGCACUAUGGUGACGCCUCACAAGAAGAGCAUGCUGGGAAAUGGGAACUAUGAUGUAAAUGUCAUCAUGGCAGCUCUGCAGACCCGAGGAUUUGAGGCAGUUUGGUGGGAUAAAAGAAGGGAUGUGGGCAGCAUUGAGCUGUCCAAUGUGGAGGGCUUCAUUUUGAACGUACCGUCCAAUCUGCGCUGGGGACCCCUCCGACUGCCACUCAAACGGCAGCACUGGAUAGGUGUCAGAGAGGUGGGAGGAGUCUACUACAACUUGGACUCCAAGCUACGUAACCCUCAACCCAUUGGUAAUCCGGAUGAGCUCAGGAAGUUUCUCCGCCAGCAGCUGCGUGGGAAGAACUGUGAACUCCUAUUAGUCGUCUCCGAAGAAGUGGAGGCUCACCAAACGUGGCGGUCUGACGGCUAACAGUUUAACCAGCCAAUCACAGCUCUAACAGGGCCAACAGCCCAAUCACAGAAUGAACGGGAGAGGAAGUAGCGUUGUGCACAGCCAAUCGCAUCGAUGCACACUUGCAGAUGUAUCUCUCUCCCCCCCCCCCCCCCCCCCCCCUCUUUUUUUGGGUUUUGUUUACAUGGCCAUUGCUGGACACUUAUCCGAUAAGAUACAAAGCAAUGAAGGAAGCAAACACUUUACAGGGAGAAUCAAACAAUCACAGUCCUUUCUCACAACACAGUGAAGACUUACAGAACAUUAUCCUGUUUCUGCUAUUGUUGUGUUUUUAUACAUAUUGAUACAUACUUUUCAGUGUCAGAUUCAAUUUGUUGAUUUUUUUUUUUUUUUUCCUUUUCAAGUUUCCAAAGCUGUGGGAGUUUAGGCUUUCUGAAAAUUGCUGUGUUUGUCUGCCUGUCUCCUUCAGUGGUCCUCCCUGCUUCAGCUAUGAUGUUCACUGAUGUGUCUUCGUGUUUCUGUCUCUCCCUUCAUGUCGAAAAUCUGUCUGUAUCUUUCACUUUCACCAAAGCGUGCCCUUCCUUGCCUCAUUGUGACUCCAUCUCUCCCUGUUCCCUUUUCAUAUCACAGGUCACAAUCUGUGAUUUAUCACGUUGCCAACUUUGUAUUUCAACACUUCCCAAACACUUCUGGCACAGGCUGAGCCUUUACCGUAGAGUCUGUGCCGACACAACAGUUUUAUAUGGCAACAAAACAAUGCAACACCCAGGCCAAGCACUCCCUCUAGUGGAUGUUUGUCUUAGUUUAACUCCAAGAAGAGGAAGCGACAUCAUCAUCCAUUUUUUUUUUAAUUCGUUCACAUUACAAUGGUUACUGUAAAGUGAUGAAAUUUACUUAUCAUCAAGUAAGUAUUGCAAUACUAACAAUUAUUGCCCUUUAAUAGAAUUAUUCUGUAUCAGGAUAUAAUAAUCAUCAAGUUGGGGCGAUAAUAAACACUGCUGUCUGAAUUAUUGAUAAAAUCAAAUGCAGCAAAAUUAGACAACUUGGCCAUACUUUGUAUUUCUGUGUUCAGUUCCUGUUUAACAUUUCAUCUUUUAGUUUAAAAAAGAAGUCUACUAAACAGCCUUAGCUCAAGCUCUUGUUUCUCGGUUGCUCUGGAGCUUUUUACCAUAUCGCAUUGUCUUCAUCAGUAGACCGAGUAUACUCUGUCACAUGACUUCAGGUGUUCUACUAAAUACAGGUGGAGGCGCUUGAGCAGUGAACCACUGGUGUCUGAGCUUUUUAGCAGAGCUGAAGGGAUUUGUUUUAUCAGUCAGCCUACGGAUGAUUAAAGCUGGUUUAGGCGAUGUUUUUCUACACUAACAUUAAAUGGCUUUUCAGGCAGAUUGGAUGACAACGUAAAAAGAGCAACAGCUGGCAGUGAGAGAAGGAUGUGGUGAUAAUGAGUUAAUCAGAAGAGUUGGACAGAGGAGAGCAGGUUUGAAUCUUGUGUAAAGUUCCAAGGGAAUGUUGACCCUGACUCGACUGUUUUCACAUGUUAUUAUUCCUGUGUUUGCGUGGUGGAAGGUCAGGCAGAUCAGAGAGAAGAGCAAUAGGACUCAUUUAAGUAAUUUCCAAACCAAAAUUUCCAAGAAUUUUCUGAUUACUUACAUGUGAAUUCAGGCUUUUUUGUAGUCUGAUAUAAUUUCUUGUGAUUUUGGACAAUUGUCCUGACAAAACAAAACUUUUUUUUUUUAAAACCAGUUGUAUUUUGGGGCUAUAUUUGGGCCUAUGUUUAACAGGACAGUGACGAGAGAUAAGAAACUGUGAUAGAGAGUGAAGGAAUGUAGGGUCAGCCAUAAUGUAAAGCUGGGCAAAUUGUGAUGGACAUUGUUCACAAAUUUCGGAAACUGUGCAUAAAGCUGGGAUGAGCAAUGUCUUUUUGUGGCGUCACUGGGGAAAAUUCCAUAUUAACUGUUCGGCAUGUUGCAAUCCAAGUGGUCUGAGAGGAAACUGUACUCCUGCACCUCCUUGUGGCCGUUCGAAAUCCUCAGAAGAAUAGUAUAAAGUGCAGUGAAUGAAGGAUGUGAUGGCACAAUGGGUUAGACAGUCAACUUUCUCUCAAGUGGUGUUGUAUUGUUUGAACUGAAUUGUGAAACUAAGCAGUCCUUGGUGGGGGGUUUUGGCCUUUGCCUGAUUUCUGUCUAUCCCAGCUUUAAUUAUUAACAAUAAUUGGUAGAUAGGUGCAGCCUUACUUUUCACUACAUGUGGUUGAAUGACAGCUGAGCAAAUCGAAUCCUUUGAUGAGGACUAUGUGUUGCGUUGAAAAGCUCCAGAAUUAUGAGCAAGUGGAAUUUCAACAACAGAGUUUGUCCCUCCAAUUUUGUCAAUAGAAACAAAUCAUUUUUAUUUUACUUUUCAUACACUUCUACCUAAUUAAAACCACAAUUAUUUCUUAUGCAGUUUCAAAGCAACGAUUCACAGACAGUGGACAAAAAAAAUACACACUAAUUAGCAUGACAUUCAUUGUUGUAGUUUUUUUUCAUUAUUAUUAUUUUUUAUUCUUUUGGCUCCAACACUCAUCCAAAGGGUCACCACCACAGCAGCCCUCUGUAGCACCAGAGCUCAGGCCUUCUCCUCAUCCUCUUCUCAAAUGUCUUCUGUCAAACCUGCCAAACAGCUCUGAGAGGAUGUCAUUGAUUGUCCCAACAAGUCGUGCACAGUCAGCAGUGGUGGUUGUGUCAAGUUUCAGUGUCAGGAGGAUUUUGGUGGAUAGUUAGGUGAAAAAGAAAAAAAGUCUGAUAAUCUGUAACAGGAUGAGAGAUGGAGAGCAGAAUGUCUCGGUGGUGAAAAAUCUAGACAAAGAAAAUAUGGUUUGGAAAGUGAAAGUUGAGAGGCUGGCUAGUGAUGAAAUAUCCAGCCGGACGUGUGUUGUGUUCAGAUAUUGUGAAAUGAGCCUUAUGAGAGAUUUCGCUGUUGUAGCUUUCAGAUUUAUCUGUUUAAAUGUUUAUACUAUAUACUGUAUGUAUUGUCUGUUAAUGACAAUAUUGGCCUUAACUUGUUUACAUAAAAGAUAUAUGUGUUGCUCUGAAAGAUUAAAAGGGACUGUGCAGUUUGACGCCAUUUCAGGAGAUUAAUUCCAAAGCAGCAGUUUAUCAUAAAUUUGGAGGAGAAACAUGCUGAUGCUCGUCUAAUACAGAGAGCAACUUAAUCUGUAAUGAUGUUUUCACUUUUGCCGCCAAGGACUUUAUGUUAUUUACAAAAGUUUGAAAUAGUAUGACUUUUAUAAGGAAAAGAUCCCAUGAUUUCAUUGCUGCAUGUCUUAUUUUGAAUCGCAUUCUUCUGCUCCAGCCCAGUCUGUUAGACCUGUUACGUGACAUUAUUUCCAACCUGCAUUGGAACAUCAGAGAAGUCGCCAUUAAUUUGCUGAAAGUUGUCAAACCAAUGACAUCAUGAAGAGUCGCACAUUUGCAUUCUUUUUUCUUUUUUUGCCAUGACAAUCCAUACAGACCUUCCUACUAAAGGAAUCCUGAUUGUCACUGUAUUAUUUUUUUUCUUUUGCAUAAAAAUAAAAUGCUUAUAAUGGCACUUUAUGAAUAA